AUGGACACCAACCUGAACCCAUGGGUGCCCAUGACCGCAGACAUGAAGGCGGACAGCGGGAAGGCGAACUGUGGAGGACCCACCCACUUCCGCUUGGACUUCCGACUUCCGCUCCGGAGCGGAGGAGGACCGUUCCUGGCGCAUGUGCAGCGGUUGCCCGCCUCCGGAGGUGAGGGCGGCAGGAUCCGGGCGCAUGCGCAGCAGUUGCCCGCCUCCGGAGGUGAGGGCGGCAGGUUCCGGGCGCAUGCGCAGCAGUUGCCCGCCUCCGGAGGUGAGGGCGGCAGGUUCCGGGCGCAUGCGCAGCAGCUCCGGCGUCCGGUGGUGAGGGCGGCAGGUGCGGCGAGGGCGGCGGCUCCGCAGGACUGGCCCGACGCUGAGGUGAGGACCCCGGGAGCGAACCGCGAGCCCCGGCCCAGUAACUGUACCGAGGGCGCCGCCGCCCGGCCUAUCCGCCCGGCCCGGCCCGGCCCUGCCCGCGGCCCACGCCCGCCGCUGCCCCGAGGCCGCCUGCCCGCCCGCCCGCCCGCCAUGCCUCGCGGUCGGAAGAGUAAGCUUCGCGCGCGGGAGAGGCGCCAACGCGCCCGCAACGAGGCCCGCGCCCGGGGCGUCCAGGCCGCCAUGGGCGCCGAGGGGCCGCCCGCGGGCUGCCUGUCCGUGCCCGGGGCCGCGCCGCCCCAGGCCCCCCCGGCCGGCGCCGCGGGGCCCGCGCGGGCCAGAGGCCAGGCCCCGAAGAGCAGGGCGUACCCGUGGGCCGGCGCGGCGGCCGAGGGCGCGGGGCCCGACCUGCUGGCGCAGAAGGCCACGGUGCUGGUGGAGUACCUGCUGUACCAGUACAAGAUGAAGGAGCCCAUCCGCCGCGGCGACAUGCUCAAGAUCGUGCACAAGCGCUACCGCAAGGACUUCCCCGACAUCCUGGCGCGCGCGCAGGAGCGCAUGCAGCUCUUCUUCGGCCUGGAGCUCCAGGAGGCCAAGCCGCACGGCAGCGCCUACCUGCUGGUGGACCGGCAGGACGACGCGGGCGACGGCGGCUGGCGCUUCCCCAAGAAGGGCAUCCUCAUGCCGCUGCUGAGCGUCAUCUUCCUCAACGGCAACUGCGCCUCGGAGGAGGAGAUCUGGGCCUUCCUCAGCACCAUGGGCAUCUACGACGGCAAGAGCGACUUCAUCUUCGGCGAGCCGCGCAAGCUCAUCACGCAGGACCUGGUGCAGGAGCAGUACCUGGUGUACCGGCAGGUGCCGCGCAGCGAGCCGCCGCGCUUCGAGUUCCUGUGGGGCCCGCGCGCGCGCGCCGAGACCAGCAAGAUGAAGGUGCUGGAGUUCCUGGCCAAGCUCAACGACACGGUGCCCGCCGCCUUCGUGCCCCACUACGAGGAGGCGCUGAAGGAGGAGCGCGAGCGCGGCCGCGGCCCGGCCCUCUCCCCCGCCCGCGCCCGCGCCCGGCGCGCCAUGGCGCUCUCGGCGGCCGCGCUCUCCAUGGCCCGGGGCAUGUCUUGCAAGGCCGGCGCCGGGCGCCAGGGGGCCCCACCCGAGUGA